AUGGGAGACUCGCAAGAAAAUAAUAGAGGAAAAAGUAAAGACAAAGAUUAUGUAACUUGGACAAUGGAGGAAACCAAUGAGUUGUUACAUCUCUUGGUGGAUGCUAUGAAUAGGGGGAUGCGUGAUGCUAAUGGAUCACUUAGCAAACAAACUGUAGAACGGUUAAUACUUCCUGACCUAAAUGCUAAGACUAGGUUCCCUAAAACUUAUAGUCACUAUUUGAGUCGGAUGAAGUGGUUUAAGAACCAAUAUAACAUGAUGUCAACACUUAUGCGUCACAACUCUGGUUUUGGAUGGGACUCAAUUGCAAAAACUUUCACCGCUCCUGAGGAAGUAUGGAAAAACUACUUAAAGUCACACCCAAGUCACAACAAACUUCGAGGAAAGACUAUGAUUGAUUAUGAGAAUUUAAAGAUUGUUGUUGGGGGUGGAGUUUCUACCGGGAAUAAUUCCAUAGCGGUAGAUCCAGAUGAUACAGAUGCAACAACUUUAGAGCUAGAAAAUGCAACAACUUAUGAGUCAGAAAAUAGAAGUGUUGGGAUAGAAGAAUUUUCAUAUGAUGCUAAUAGUGACACAUUUGUACCUCCAGAUAACUAUGAACCACAAUAUCAACCUCCAUCACCAAGCCAACCUAGUCCACCAUCUCAUCCCCCUUUAAAUUCAGAGGUUCCCUUAGAAAGACAAAACAGUCACAAGAGAAAGAGAUUCGAGUAUGGAGGAAGUUAUACCACUGUUGGGAUCAACAAUCAAGACAAUGUUAUGAGAAACCUUUCUGUUGGCAUUGAGACUAUUGCUUCUGGGAAAUCUGCACCUUAG